AAAAAAAAAAACAAACAGUCUAUUAUAACAAUAACAAAGCAAGUAAAAGAAAAUGAUGAGAAAAUGAAAAACCAGUUUGCCGCAAUUUCACUUUACUUAAGUGCGUCUACUUGUCUGAAGAGAAAAUUCAAGGUUGCUCUUGUCCUAAUACAACACGUGCUGCUGCUACCUUUUGCUAAAAGUGCUCUAAUGUUCGGAAUCAAACUGUAAAAAAUAAAUAAAUAAAUAAAUAAAUAAAUAAUGUCAAUAAUAAUGUUCAACUCAGUUGAAAAGUGAAAAAGAAACUGAAGUAGUCAAGCGGAGUAACGGACGAUAGCAUUGAUGUGGUAUUAAAAAUACUGUAAAAAAGGUCGCAUUAUAUAUAUACAUAUAUAUAUAAUUGUGCAAAAUUUUUCCAAUUAUCUGGCGAUUUGUUUUGCAAUCUAUUCUAUUAUGUUAAUUUAUUCGUGGACCGAGUUUUGGUGGUGCUUAUCAAAAGAAACAAGUUUCAAAGAUAAAUAAAAUAAAUAUUACGAUCUAAAAUAGAUUUAAGGCAAACAACAUACAACAAAAGUUCGAUAGCUAUGAUUUUGUAGCUGACAUGGCCGCUGGAAGAGAACAUGACGAAGGAAGGACCUCGAAUGAUGGCACUGGACGGUAAAACCGUAAUUAAAGAGGAAAUAACUGAGAAGGACGCCUACGAGGCAGCAGCAUCUACAAAUUCCAGUCGUCGUAAUAAAGGCACCCCCAACUCUUCCUCAAGCAGUGGUAAAGAUUGUAAUACGACUAGUUCGAACAGCAGCACUUCUAGCUCAAAUCCCACCGGCAGUUGUAAUAGUUCGCGGACUUGUCGCACACCUGACUCACCCGAAUCAGCACGAGCUAUAGCUCCCCGUUCUCCUAUGUCUCCGCAACUACAUCAUUCCUCAUUAGCACCUCCGCCACGACCUAACCGCAAUGCAAGCGCUUCGCCAAUAGUCAAUGGUGCAACUACAACUCCGCCUCCUCCUCCCCCCCAAUCCACAACACAAACGACUCAAGCAGCUGUUGCAGCAGCUGCUGCUGCAGCAGCUCAUGUCGAACAAGCUCGUUUAUUGGGUAAAAUACGUAAAUUUCUUGGUUCUUUAGUGCAAUUAGCUCAAGAAGUGCAUCCCGAAGUGAGUGAUCGCGUUAAAGCCUUGGUUUUAUCUCUGGGCAGCGGUGGUAUUAGUAUCGAUGAGUUUCGUUUGGCUUUACAAGAAGCCAUAAAUUUACCUUUAAGAUCGUAUGUCAUUCCUUUGCUCAAGAAUCACAUUACUCUCCUGCAAAGAGAAAUUGCAGCUUUAGCACGAGCUACUAACCAGAGUACACUACAAUAUGUAACCACUAACGAGAAUUCGGUAAUGGAAUUUUCACCGUACGGUCCCCCAGCUGAAUAUAGCGACAUUUUUGUGCAAAUCGAUAGUCAGAGCUCCUCUAACGGUGCAGCCAGCGCUACUAGUUUGGUAUUUAAACGACGUCCUUCAGAUUCCUUAAUGGAGUCUCACGGUCACAACGGUGCUCCACCGCAAGAAUGGAGUGACUAUAUGGCUGCCUAUCCACCGCCCAAACGUCUACAUGCUCAUAACCCUCAGCUAAGUGGAGGGCCACCGAACGAAUCUCGGCUACCAUUUCCCUCGUCACAGCCCACAAUUUUUGAUUACUCAACUAGUGGGCCGACAGCCGCUCAAUCGGAGGGUUCCUUCAAUAGUAUAAUGGAUAAGACGCAUAAUCGGGAUGAACGGGAAAUACGCAAUACUACAGCAGCUAACGAAGUCGUAGGACAUCGCCCUUUAACGCGCGGCGUCAUUCCUACUGCUGCCAGUGGUCCCGGUGGUAGUGGCGGUAUGAGCGGCGAAGAGGAAUGGAAAAACAUACACACCAUGCUAAACUGCAUUUCUGCUAUGGUUGAAAAAACUAAACGAGCCAUUACGAUACUGCAGCAACGAGGAGUAGAACCGCAACAAACCAAUUAUGGUGAAGUGACCCCGGCUUCUUUAAUCGAAUUGAGGCGACAAACUGAAGAAAAGGUAGCCGAAUUCAAAAGGAACGCCGAAGAAGCCGUUAAUCAGGUUAAACGUCAGGCAGUGGUAGAAAUUCAAAGAGCCGUGGUAGCCGCUGAGACCCGUGCUGCCGAGGUGAUGGCUCAGGAGCGGUUACGUAUGGAAAAGUUUUUUGUAGAAAUGAGUCGACAUUCCGGCAGCGAACGAGAAUUAGAUAAUAAGUCGCCUUCGAUUACAGCAGCCAGUCAAAACGCCUGUUGGAAUUGUGGGCGCAAAGCUACAGAAACAUGUUCAGGUUGUAAUUUGGCUCGUUACUGUGGGGCUUUCUGUCAACAUAAAGACUGGGAGCAUCAUCAUCAGAUUUGUGGUACAACUCGUACAACAGACCUUUCUACUAAACACGCCUCCCAGGUUAUACCAUUAACAGCCAAUAUACGUGGUUCUAUUGCAGCUCGAUCGCCACCCACACCCUCACAGCCGACAACGGCUCAUACGCAAGUUCCACCACAAGCUCAAGCGUCAAGCAGCGUGGUAACGGUUGCACCGCAACCAAGUUCUUUGGUAACCAAUGGUAUUGGCUCCAAAUGACGUAUUCGUAUGAUGAAACCCAAAAAGAAAUACAUGUGCUAGUCAAAUUAUACUAAUGAUAACUUUUACAUAAUUCUUAAUUAAUUAUUACCCGUAAAAAAGCGCUCUAAACGAAUUAACUUAAGAAUUUUUAAAUUUAAAUUUAAAAAAAAAUUUUUAAUUAAUUAUUAUUAUAACCUAAAAGAAAACUGCAGCAAAACCAAAAUAUAAAACUACUUAAUAUUAAUAUUUAAAAAUUAUUUAAAAAAUAAAAAAUAUUAGAUGUGUCUACGGCAAAAUAUAACAACGUUUUUUCUCUUAACUUAACAUCUUCACACCAUUUCUCUAUACGUCGGGGUUGCAACUCUAUGUGUCUCUCGUUACUCUCUACAUAUAUUUACUUUACUUUCAUUUUAUUCGCUCUCUUUCCACGUUCUUUUCCAUUACUUCGACUUUAAUUUGCCGCCUUUUUUUUCAAUUGUCUACAACUUUCGUUAACGUUGAGCAAGAUAUAUUCAUUCACACACUAUACACAAGUAUGCACAAUAAUGAAAUCCCCCUUUAUCUCAUCCAC